CGGUGUCGCGUUGGCGUCGUCACUUCCGGCGCGCUGCGGCCUGGAGCGAUGGCGGCGCGGCGGCCGGCGCGGCGGGACCGGGACCGGGACUCCGAGCCCGAGCGGGCCGGGAUGGCGGCGCUCCCCGAGAAGACCGUGAACGGCUGGGUCCUGCAGUUCUACUUCCACCGGGCCAUAGAGGCGUACCGCUCCGGGCGCAACCGUGAUUUCCGCCAGUUCCGCGACAUCAUGCAGGCGCUGCUCGUGCGGCCGCUGGACAGGGAGCCGGACAUGGCGCAGAUGCUCCGCAUAAUGCAGCUGCUGUCGCGGGUCGAGGAGGGCGAGAACCUCGACUGCACCUUCGACAAGGAGUCAGAGCUGACCCCCCUGGAGUCGGCCAUGCUCGUGCUGGACUUCAUCCGUGAGGAGUUCUCCGUGGCUGACAGGACCAUGGAGGCCGUGCAGAAGAUGGUGAAGGAGGCUGCCAUUGUUGUUUGCAUCAGGAACAAGGAGUUUGAAAAGGCCUCUGAUAUUGUCAAGAAGCACAUGGGGAAGGAGCCCAGAAACCAAAAGAGGAGGAAUGAGUGGCUGGCUGUCAUCCGGGAGAAGAACCCCUCUCACCCAAAGGUCAAAAACUUCUCCUACGAGGACUUCCAGCAGAGCAUCUUCGAGUUCCUGCAGGGCUUCGUGGACGACUCGGAGCCGGCGCUGCUGAGGCUGCUGAAGAAGACUUUGGAUUCGGAGCACAAAGACAAACCCUCGCUGGGGACGUCGGGGUUUGCGGAUGGGCUGGACGGCCAGGCAGCAGCUCCCGAGGCCUCGGGAAGGGCUGAGGGCCCAGCCAGAGCUCCCGAGGCCUCGGGAAGGGCCGAGGGCCCAGCCAGAGCUCCCGAGGCCUCGGGAAGGGCAGAGAGCCCAGCCAGAGCUCCAGAGCCUGCAGGAGCAGCAGACGACCUGGAGGGAGCUGCCAGCCCUGCAAAAAGGGCAGCUGGUCCCACAGCAGCUCCAGAGAUGAUGGAAGAAGCCAGUGGCCCUGCAGCAGCUGUGGAACCUAUGGAAGCACUCAGUGACCCAGCAGCAACACCUGAACAUUUAACAGCAGCCUAUGAUAUCCCAAAGGGAACUCCAGAGCCCAUGGAAGUGGCUAAAGAACCAGCAGCAGCAGCCCCAGAACUGCCCAGGGUGUCCACCAGGGAACCACAAAGGCAGCCCCCUGGAGCUGUAACCUCGUGUGGGAUUUCUGUUCUGAGAGAAGCUUUCAAGAUCCUGUCAGACUCCGGGGACCCGGACGCCCUUUUCAGCAAACUGGACCAAACAGACUUGCCUUCCCCCAAGCAACUGUCUCCUUCUGUAUCCCACAGAACCAAGAGAUGCAGAGAAGUGGAGAAUCAAGCUUCUGAGACCUCAGAGCCUACUGAAAUGCCCCAUAAGAUCAAAAACUUGUUCAGCAUAAGCAAUCUGAUCGUGGAGUUGGAUGGCUCGUCCAGCAAGUCGAGCGAGUGCCCCGACUCUUCCCAGGAGCACGUGGUCUCUUCUGCUUCCAAACCUGCUCCAAAGCAGCCUGAUGAGCCCAUGUCUGCCCAGAGUGAGAAGUCUUUCCAAGGGAGGUGGAACAGCUCCUGUGGCACAGAGGAGAAGGACAGUUGGAGUGAUGAGGAUGAGCUCUUCGCAAAUGCAACAUUACUUGAGAAAAGCAAAGCCUCCAACAUCUCCAGCUCCAAGAAACAGAAAUGGACCAUGGAGGAGAGCGAGUGGAUCAAGGAGGGGGUGAAGAAGUACGGAGAAGGGAGGUGGAAAACCAUCUGCCUGAAGUUCCCCUUCAGGAACCGCACCUCGGUGAUGAUCAAGGAUCGCUGGCGGACCAUGAAGAAACUGGGAAUGCUCUGAAGCUGGGAGCCACGGGACCUUCUUUUUGGUUUUUGGACCUUGGUUUGGUUUUUGGAAGCUGGACAGGAGUGCAGUCUGUGCCAGUGUGGCAAGGCCCCCUGACACCAGAACCAUGACUGAAAGGAACCCAGGAGCCGUGUGCUCCAGCUGUAUCUGCUGAGAUCAGAGUGCUGCACAUGGCAGUGGCUGUGCAGCCUCUCAGCAUGAAUUUAGACUGAGACUUCCUUGUCCACCUGACCACUGCAGCAGUUUGCUCUGCUCAGGUGUGAGCAGAGGAUGAUCUCCUAGGUGACUAUUUUUUUGUGUUUGCUGUCUGUUCAGUGAAUCACUUGUUUCAUCUGUUUGCCAUCACUCCCUUGUGGAACAGGCACCACUGAGUCCCAGCACUUCUGUGGGGAAGAGAUCCAGGCAAGAGCAUCUACUUGGGGUCUUUUUUUUCUUUUUCUCCUAUUCAUUAAUGGGGGAAAAAUGUGUGAGGAGAAAUUCCUCCCUUCCAGCUCUGAGGCUUUAAAAAGCUAAAAUUACUUUGUGUUUCAGUACUUGGAACUGUUGGUUGUUUCUAUGCUAAAAUUUUUAGUUCUGUCUGAUUUUGGUCAUGUUUUCUUUGGACUUUUCCUGGUAGUAUCCUUGCUGUGUGUGAGCUCCAAGGGUGCCACAUGUUCCUGCCUUCCAAGUGCCAAAGCUGGAACGGUCAUUUGUAAAAUAAAGCUCCUUUCCUGUUUAAUAUCAA